AUGAGUGGAUACCGAGACUCAUAUUUUCAGUAUCACCAUUUAGCUGAUUCCCACCAGGUUCUUUAUAGUGAGUGGAAUCAGGACGAAUUUCCUCCGCCGGAUGAACAGGAGGUGGAUAACCAUGCAAACAAAAGCGCCACCAGUGGCGGCAACAAUGGAGGGAGCACCUCCAAUGAAUACGGCGAUAAUGCAAAUUCGAAGUCUUUCGGGAAUACAAAUAAUAGAAUCAACGUAUACUGGGACUACUUUCAUGAUGAGGAAGAUUGGAAUCUAUUCAGAAACGUUCAAUUGGAAAGCAAUGGUAUCGCCACCUUCACUCAGCCGAUAGAUAUAAGCGCAAGAAAUGAAACUGAUGAGUCAACAGAAGCUGCUCAAGGCGAUAAUAUGGCCGGUAAUAAAGAGUCUGCAAGCGCUCUUACCGGAUCCAUUUUCAACCAUUCUGUCACUAAAAUGGCAAUUAUGAGGAAUAACAACUGGAAUGAUAUUGAGAUACCACACCCAUAG